AUGUACUUCACUUCUAUCCUCAUUGGCCUUGCCGCCCUCGUUGCUAUCACUACGGGAGGACCCCUUCCACGAUUUGACCCUUAUGUUGGUGAUCUAAGGACGUUUGGUCAGACGGGUUGCUUCGCAGACAACCAGGGAGUAGGCACGGUGACUCAAUCGAUGACUGGUGUUUGCAAUCGCUAUGGCGACCCCUUCAGGUCCAUGUACCUAUAUAUGAUUGCCGGAUGGGUUUUCCGCGCACACAGCGAUCCGCUAUGCAAAGAUGAAGGAACCGUCAUUGUAACAAGUAUAAGUGGAAGUCCCUUCGUCUGCAAUAACGCCACCAACGCAUGGGUCGCUUACCAAGUCGAUCGUCUCAGUCCUGGUGUCUAA